AUGGAAUCAUCAUUAACCAAAAAUAUAAGCGAAAUUAAAUUAUUUAAAGAUUAUCAUAUUUUAGAUUCAUAUAUAGGAAAGCAAUUAUAUUAUUUAUAUCACUCAUGUUCAUCCUCUUCUGAAAAUUUAAAAUUAUUAAAAGAUUCAAUUGAAUCAUUUUCGAGCAAAGAUAACGAAAACGAAUUGAUAUUAACCUUUUCAAUAUUAAAUUCAUUCCAAUCAUUUUUAGUAAACAAAUUACAAAUAGACCAAGAAUUAAGGGAUAAUAAUGAUAAUGAAAAUAUAGAUAUAGGUUUCUUUUAUAUUUACAAAUGGUUAAUUAAUGGAUUGUUUAGUAAUAAAAUCAAAUCUAUAGAUUAUUACAAUAACCAAUACAAGACAAAAGAAAUUACGGAUUUAAAAGAAUUAAUUUCAAAUAUUUUAUACAAAUUGAUUAAAUUAUUGGAAAUACCAAACUUUUUAAAAACAAUUGAAGAGCAAAAGCAUUUUAAUAAGGAGGAAUAUAAUUCAUCAAUAAAAAAAUCAAAUGUAUAUAAAUCAAAGAUUCAAAUACUAUUCGAAAUUAUAGAAAGCUUUUUAAAGAAUGAAAUUGAUAGAAAUAAUAUAUUAAAUAUAGAAUAUAAAACUACAAUAAUAAAACAAUUGUUUUUUAGAUUGUUAGAGUUUAAAUUAGUGCCACAGGAUAAAAGCGAUAUACCAACCCCAUCAAGCACAGGAGAGAUUGAAAGCACAGACAUAGUAUUAAAACAUUGGACCAAUUUAGAAAUUUCAAAAACAGUUGAUGAAACUUUAUUGUACUUCAAAAACUAUAUAAACAGAAAACACAGCUUUAUAAACAGUUUAAUGGAAUUUUAUCAAUGGUCAAAAUCAGAUAUAGAGGUUCAUUUUAAAUUACUAUCAUCCAAUGAAAAUGAAAAUAGAUGGAAAUUCGACACACCCUAUAUACAUUCAUUUUAUAUAUUUAUUACAUCACUUUCACCAUCUUCCUUUAAUAAUAAUAAUAACAAUAAUAAUAAUAAUAAUAAUGAUGAAUCACAAUUAUAUGAAUUAUUUUAUAAAUCAUCAAAUCAAUUUCAUAAAUUUAUAAUAACGAUAGUUUAUAAUUUACUAGAUUGUACCAAUCAAGAUAUAAAAUAUAAAUCAAUAGAUAUAUUAAUAUUCUUUAUUAAUAAUUUAAACAAUAAUCAAAUAAAAUCACUUUUAACUAUAGAUCAGCAACAUUCAAACCAACAACAAAUACAGAGAAAUAUAAUAUAUAGUAAAUUGUUUGAUACAUUAAAACUACUAGAUCCAUCAAAUACCAGCACAGUCAGAAUUUCAAAAUGCACCAAAUUGGUUUUUGAUCUUUUAUAUAUAUUAUUCCCAGUCAAUUCAAAUAACCAACUUAUCAAUCCGUUUAUAACACCGGCCUUCCCCUCCAAUAAUAGUAAUUUUAUUGAAACAUUACAACAAACUCAAAAACAAACCCAAUUCCAAUCCUCUCAGGAUCAGGAAAUCAAUAACUUUUCAAGUUAUCAAGAGAUCAUAGUUCUAUUGGUUUCUAUAUUGGAUGACAUACAGCAGCAACAACAGCCAUUUCAACUAGUAAAGAAAAUAAUUUUCCUGGGUGAAUUCAAAAGAAUGUUUAGAGUAUUGGGUCUUUACACUAUUCAGUACUUUAAAAUUUUAAUUCCAGUAAUUUUAAAAUCAAUUGACGAAUCAUCAUUGAAAACAGAUCAAGAGUUAAUUUUAUCCCUACUGUCUUUUUUAAAUGAAGUUUCAAAAUACUGUUGGAUCCGUUUGGUAUCAUACACUGCAAAUAUAAUUAAAUCAAUAAUGCCAUUGUACGAUGAAAGCGACCAUAAUGGCGACACUACCGGUACAUCAGAACCACACUACAACAACUCCAUAAUACCAAUAAUAGAAAAACUAUACUUGGCACAUAGCAAUUUAAAUAGAUUAUCAGAGUUUUAUAAAAUUAUAAAUCAAGAUGAAACAAACCAAGAAAAACUAAAUCAAAUAAUAAAUAAAUUUAAAUAA